GCGAUAGAUAGAUGAUGACAAAUAACCCCAGUCAACUUUGUGUUUACCUCAUUAAUAUUUGCUUACACGGAAAUAGAACUGUAGAUCAUUAAUUGAUUAACAUUUAAGUGACUUUUUUGACUUAGGGAUGCAGCACCGAAAAACUCUUUCAUAUGACAGAACUAAAAAUGUUUUAUGAAGAAAGAAGACAGGGACUACUGCUGAGCAUGUGCUGAGUGAGGCUGGUGACACCAGUGAGUGGUGUAAAAAGAUCUGAAGAAGGUAUCGAGCGAUAAUUGUCUGGCGUAUCACAGAAUGCUGACAUCUUCAAAAGUGGAGCACUCCAUGUCAAGCCGAACUAUAAAACUGGAAAUCAUACUUUGUGGAGUUCCUUCAUGGUCCUGUAACCUAGCUGUGGAUUGCGAGAUCUACACAAGAUGAGAUUCACUCUUCUUAGGAAAUACCAACAUGCAAUGGAACUUCUAUGACAGAAAGUUAGCAUGGACCUCUAUUUAAAAAAAGGCUAACAAGACUUGUGUAGUUAUGUUUUGUAUGAUAGAGUGUUGUAUAUUGGCCGAUCAGAGACUUUAAAAAGACAGGUGCUGCAGCCAAGAUGACUAUCGGAACGGAUGAGACCGAUGCGGAUUUGCUGCUGAGCAAGCAGUAUGGGGACGUCUUCUCCAGCACUUAUGUUACCAAGCAGAUGUUGGGCAAAGGAGUAAGUAGCACAGUCAGGAUGUGUAUUCACCGAGAGACGUCCAGGAGCUUCGCAGUCAAGAUCAUCGACAUGACGACCCAGAAGCAUUCUGACCAGACGACGGCCAUCAUGAAUGAAUACAGCAACGAAGUAGCCAUCUUGAGUCAGCUGUCAAGACCCAAUAAACAUCGAAACAUCAUUGAUCUACACGACUUCAUGGAGACGCCAACGUAUUACUUUCUAGUAUUGGAAUUAUGUCCUGAGGGUGAGCUAUUUGACUACCUGACAAAGGUGGUCACACUUUCCGAGAAGAAAACAAGGUAUAUUAUGAGACAGAUUCUUGAUGCUGUGCAGUACAUCCACAGCCAUGGUAUUGUCCAUAGAGAUAUGAAGCCGGAAAAUAUAUUACUGAAAGACAACCUGACCGUCAAGAUUUCUGACUUUGGCAUGGCUGCUGAUAUCAAAGAAGGGCAACUGCUUACAGAGUUGUGUGGGACGCCUGGUUACAUGUCUCCAGAAAUGCUGAAGUGCAGUAUGAGUUUAGAUGAUGUCAAAGGUUACGGCAAGGAGAUUGACCUCUGGGCGUGCGGGGUCAUCAUGUUCACGCUGCUCGUUGGUUGUCCUCCAUUCUGGCAUCGGAGGCAGGUCAUCAUGUUACGCACCAUCAUGGAGGGCAGGUUCUCCUUCGGCAGCCCCGAAUGGGACGACAACACAGAAACUGCUAAAGAUACGAUCAGAAAGCUGUUAGUGGUUGAACCAUCCCUGAGGUUGACCCCUGCUGAGGCGCUUCAGAGCCCUUUCUUCCAGACGUCGGACUCCCCUGCCAAAGCUGCUUUCUCCCCCCGGAAGAGGUUCAGGUCUGCUGCCAUAGCGAUAAUUGCAAUCUGCGCCUUGAGGCGUUACACCAGCCAGAGCUCUGUACCCCUUAUCCGUAUCAAGCAGAACCCGUACAGCGUCCGAACCAUCCGCAAAACCAUCGACGGAUGCGCAUUCGGGAUCUACGGCCACUGGGUUAAGAAAGGCGAGGGUCAGAACCGGGCGGCUCUGUUUGAGAACGUACCUAAGACGGACGCAUUGAACGCAGCGUCGAGUAAGUCUCCACAUGGCAGUAUGCUGUCACUGCUGGACAACAGAGUGAUGUUUGAGGUUCCUAGUUGAUAAAAGCGUACAGUUAUAGCUUCAAAAAGACUCUUGACAUGAAACUCUAGAUCUGGCCGUUUUAUUGUUUUAUGAGCAACUUUGUAUUGGAGUCGACUGCUCUAAUUGCUUAUACCAGUAUACUAAAGCGUCACUUACAACGAAUGCGUGAUGAGAAGAAUUUGACUUGUCAAAAGUGUGUAGUAACGCUGCUGUAAAGUUGUGUAGAACAUGACUGAAAGUAAAUUGCUGCCCCAUGUUUGGGAUCUGGACCCUAUUUCAUGGCUUUGGUGAUCGUGAAAUUCUGCGCUUACUGCCUGAUGAAUCAAAUGCUGUAUGGUGCCGUAAGAGGAUAAUUUAGUGGUAACUAGUGAUUUAGCCCAGCAGUGCCCAAUUUCAAAGCGCUGUUCAUUAUAGGGUUUAUUGGUUUAUAUUAAACCUACCAUGCAACCUACUUGUAAAAGUUUCAUCAAGUCAGUGCUUUUAUGUUUCUUUUGUGAAACCAGUGAGACAAGAAAUCAUGUUUUUAAACAUGCACAUAUACAAGCUUAUUUAGGUUGCAAUCAAAACAAGUAACAAUGAUGAUUUUGAGGAUCUUUCAUGUACAAAAGCAAUGGGGGUCGUCGCUAAAAAAAAGCAAAGUCCAAACAGUGCGAGAACAAAAGAGAAGUCCUAAAUAUACCUGAUUCACAAACGUGUGUGUGUGUAUCUUGCUGUGGUAUGCAUUUUAUGAUCCUGCUUUCAAAUAUUUCAAGUGGUCAUCUGGCCGAAAACAGAGCACAGAAGAAACGCAAUAAAAUUUGUACUUUUUAAGGAGUCUUGUUGUAAACGAAACCUUUUAACAAUGAACAGUAAAUUUUCUUUAGUGUAAGAUAUAACUGAUAAGACUGUUUUUAUUAGUGUUUGCCAAAAAGAUAAUUACUGCGUGAGUACAAGGUACAAAGCAGCUGAAUUGAUACAAUAUAAAUGAAAAGAUUUAAAGGCAGUGGACACUAUUGGUAAUUACUCAAAAUAAUUAUUAGCAUAAAACCUUACUUGAUCAUGAGU